AUGUUAUCUCUACAGGCCAGGGAACUGCUGGACGCAUCUCAUAGUGGAAUGGAAGACGUAAAGAAAAGAGUGCUAGAGUUCCUCGCUGUCCGGAAACUCAGCGAUUCGGUCACCGGUCCGAUUUUGUGCUUCGCAGGUCCACCAGGUAUUGGAAAGACAAGAUCUCACUCGGUGGAAUCCGGGACGAAAGUGAUAUUCGUGGUCAUCGCAGGACUUACGUGGCAGCCAUGUGUGGACGAAUUAUUCAAGCUCCUAAAGCAUGCUGGCAGCAAUAAUCCACUGAUACUUCUCGAUGAAGUCGAUAAGUUGUUCUCUGGUCUUCACGGUUCACCGUCGGCUGCUUUGCUGGAGGUGUUGGAUCCUGAGCAGAACAACUCAUUUACUGACCACUACCUUGAAUCUCCCGUUCGAUCUGUCCAAAGUGCUGUUUAUCGCCACCGCCAACGACCUGUCGAAAAUCGAGGGUCCACUUGCGGAUCGUCUUAUUGCCGAGCGACACCUGAUCCCUCGUCAAUUACUUCAACAUGGAAUCUGCCCGGAUCAUUUACGGAUACAAAGAGAUGCUCUCCGAUAGAGGACUACACUCGUGAAUCAGGAGUGCGACAACUGGAACGAAUGAUCGCGGCGACGUGUCGCUUUGUGGCAUUGCGAGUAGCAGAUUCUGUUAAAGACCAGAAUGAUUUCGAUAGCAUGAUGAGCUCCGAGUUGCCACUUGUUGUCACUGCCGAGAACUGUCGGAAAAUACUCGGGAAGGAACGCUUUGCUGCGGUAGAUCUCGUUGAACAGAUGGGAAAGUUCCGUCUUGGUACAUGUUUCGGCUUGGCGUGGACACCAUUUGGAGGAGAAAUUGAAUGCGGAAAAGGCAAAAUCGUGAUGACAGGAAAACCUGGGAUGUCUUCGAAAAUAGAUGUUGCUCGAACAUGUCAUUCGUCCAAUGCGACCAUGAAGAAGCUUCUUCAAGUCUAUCCUACUUCAUUAUUGUUCAGACUUCACGCAGACAGCUUGGACGGUGCCGAUCUUCAUGUGCAUUUACCCUCAGGUGCCGUGGGUAAAGAUGGUCCGUCGGCUGGUUGUGCUCUGGUUUCUGCCCUGUUCUCAUUAGCCAGCAAUAGACUUGUAAGAGCUGAUACGGCAGUCACUGGAGAAAUAAGUCUCACCGGACAUAUCCUUCCAGUAGGUGGAAUCAAAGAGAAAGUUCUCGGAGCUCAUCGAGCUGGUAUUCGACGGGUCAUUUUACCACUGGCUAAUCGCAACGAUGCUGAGUACAUCGAUAAAUCGAUAAAGGAUGAAAUGGAUAUACAGUUCUCGUCCGAUAUAGACGAUCUACUGCAGAAGAUCAUGGAGAAGGAUAGCGUCUCAAAUGUUCUCUCGAAAUUGUAG